AGAAGCGAAAUUCAUUUUGUAUUUUUUACAAAUACAACAAACAGUUAUUUUAUGGAUCAACUACUGACAUUGUCGUGUACUGUUUUGUCAAUCUCUGAAAGUUAUGGGUUCAUGUAACGGUUAGCUAGAUAGCUACAUUGCAGGUUUUCUGAGUAUCUGUGACUUUAUUUGUAUGUUGACCUCUCGGUGUGUUGUUUGAAGAUGUACUCAAAAGUUUAUAUACGACACAUUUAGCUUUGUUUACAUUGCGGCUCUGUGGAUUCUAGCUAGCAAGCUAGAUGACAAAACCGCAGUGAUUUUUUUUUCACCCCCUCCGUGUAGUCAACCAUAUCAACUAGAAGUUGUUCAGUGUUCACAAGUGUGGAUUUCAGACUAGUCUUUGUUCUGAUGGCUAGCAAGCCUAGCUAGCUUAGCAAAUGCUAGCCAUCAGGCUAUUGUUUCUCUGCAAUGUGUUAAACUAAAUAAAUACAUUACACCGGUAUAAGGGACAACAUUAUGAGGACAUUUUACAUUUUCUUUAUUUGAUCACAAUGUCGGCUAUUGUACCAUUCGCCAAAUGAUUGAAGAAAUACAGUGAAUGUGUUGUAAAACUUAAUCGCCCUAGCUAGCUAACCAUCAUAGCUAGCUAGCUGGGUAGUUAACGUUCGCUAACGUUACCAACAAGUAGCUAGAUAUCUGUCUAUUGGCGAGCUAUGUAACGUUAAAGCUAAUUAAACAUGACAAUAAGUUGGAACUUGCUAGUUAAGUGAACAAGAACACACUCUAACCCGCGUCGAGUGGUCAGCUGGAGUGAGUAGCUAACGUUACAUUUUCAUUGUGGCACGAGCCGAGACGCCACGUUAUAUGGCAAAACUGGUGCAAGUUGGCAAGCCAAGAUGGAAAACUGCUAACCUAAGUUAACUAGUUAGUAGUUUGAAUCGAACGAAAUGAUUGGUCGCCAAACCAAUGCAUGUUGACCAGCAGAAAAAAAUUUAUUCAGGAUCCCGAACCAGACGUGAGUGAAGCUGAUUGAUUGUACCUGUGAAGGUCCCUUUGCUUAUGUUGAAAGAACACUGACCUAAAUCAGCCCACGGUGUUUUUUACAGAUGAGCUGCUGCUUGGCACAGAGGCGUGUGUCCUGACGCUGUGGGCAGGCACAUGUGCAUUUGGAGAGAUGGACCGCUGUAAGCACGUGGGGCGUCUUCGCCUAGGCCACGAACACUCCAUCCUCAACUCACAGAAAUGGCGCUGCAUGGACUGCUGCACCACCGAGUCAGUGUGGGCCUGUCUCAAGUGCUCUCACGUGGCCUGUGGCCGCUUCAUGGAAGAGCACUCCCUCAAACACUUCCAGGAGUCAAACCACCCCCUGGCCAUGGAAGUGCGGGAGCUGGAUGUCUUCUGCUUCGCCUGUGGAGACUAUGUGCUCAACGACAAUGCUGAAGGAGACCUCAAGCUCCUGCGGGGGGCGCUCUCUACUGUGCGUAGUCCUGGCAGGCGCUCCCUGCGCUCCUCUGCAGGGGGUGACUGUAACCCCUGGGUGGGUGAGAGCGGGCCCCAGCCUGCUAUGCAGACGGCCCUGUGGCACCGAAGGAAGGUGCUGCUGGGGAAGAUGCUGCGCCGCUGGAGGAACAGGCAGCAGGAGGAACAGAGCCAGCGGGAGGAGAAACUUGAGCAGGAGAAGGAGGAGGUCCGGCGCCAGAAGAAUGAGAUGAAGAGGAGACUCAUGGGAGAGCUGGCCAAUGUGCCGCCCAGGAAGAGUGCCAGGCUGCUCACCCAGGCGCCCCGCUCAACCAUCACACUUAUCCCCCUGAAGUUCCGCGACCCUCCGGAGCGUCUGCCUCCGCCCAAAAAACCCUCCCUUCUAUCCCUGAAGCCCCCCAGCAAUGGCAGGACUCGUAAACUCAAAGUACGGAGGUACUACUCCUCCCAUAAAGCGACCCGUCGUAGACUGGCCCCGGGGGUCACUGGGCUACGCAACCUUGGGAACACGUGCUACAUGAACUCUAUCUUACAGGUGCUGAGCCACCUGCAGAAAUUCAGGGAGUGCUUCCUCACAUUGGACAUGUGUGAGACUGAGGAGCUGCUGGCCAAGACAAACCAGGGUGUGGCUGGGGCUGUGGUGGGGAGUGGUAGUGCAGUCACACCAGGCUGCCCUCUGGGACGUGGCAUGGGGAAGGCAGCCAGUGGGGGUCUCCCUGCUGUCAGCAAGCAGAGCUCGCCCCCCUGCCUAAAUGCAGCAGAGCUGGUCCAGCCCAAGGAGCCGCGAUCCUCCACCCGCCAGCAGAUGUCACUGUGCCACGAGCUGCACACACUGUUCAGGGUCAUGUGGUCUGGCCGAUGGUCGUUGGUGUCUCCCUUUGCCAUGCUGCACUCUGUUUGGAACUUGAUCCCAGCAUUCCGCGGCUACGACCAGCAGGAUGCCCAGGAGUUCCUGUGUGAGCUGCUGGACAAGGUGCAGCAAGAGCUGGAGUCAGAGGGCAGCAAGCGCAGGAUCGUCAUCCCUAUCACCCAGAGGAAGCUGUCCAAGCAGGUGCUCAAGGUCCUCAACACGAUCUUUCACGGACAGCUACUCAGCCAGGUGACUUGUCUGUCCUGUAAGCACAAGUCAAACACGGUGGAGCCGUUCUGGGACCUGUCCCUGGAGUUCCCGGAGCGCUACCACAGCACGGAGAAGGGCUCGGCUGCGUCUCUGGCCUACCAGCGCAGCUGCUCCCUCACUGAGAUGCUGGCCAAGUUCACUGAGACAGAGGCUCUGGAGGGCAGCAUCUAUGCUUGCAACCACUGCAACAGGAAAAGACGGAAGACGUCCCACAAGCCCCUGGUUCUGUCAGAGGCAUGUAAACAGCUGCUGAUCUACCGCCUACCUCAGGUUCUACGGCUGCACCUCAAACGCUUCAGAUGGUCAGGCCGGAACCACAGGGAGAAGAUUGGCGUCCAUGUGGCCUUUGACCAGGUUUUGAACAUAGAGCCCUACUGCUGCACAGACUCAGGCCAGUCGGUUCACAGAGAGGGCUACACCUACGACCUGUCUGCUGUAGUCAUGCACCACGGGAAAGGCUUUGGCUCAGGGCACUACACUGCAUACUGCUACAACACCGAGGGAGGUUUCUGGGUCCACUGUAAUGACUCUGAGAUGAACGUGUGCAGUGUGGAGGAGGUGUGCAACACUCAGGCCUACAUUUUGUUCUAUACCCAGAGGUCUGCCUAGGCCCUUCUCCCUCCUAUACCCUAGACCAAGGUGUACUACCUGACUGAUGUCUACCUGGUCUGGGGGACUGAGACCUAUAUCUGUGUCUGUUGCCUAGAGGUCUGCCUGGGCAUGUUACACUUCCUCUACCAGGCUACAUCCUGGUUUACACCUAGAUUUCCCUUGGCUUGAAACAACUCAGCCCACAUUUGUUGAGUCUGGUAUGCUAACAGCCAUCUGAGAGUUACUGAACGUUGUACCACAAGGGAAGGCAAUGUUGAUCACGGUUAGUUAUAUAUUUCACCAGGUGUCAAAGUGCUUUACAUUGUAUAGGAGUUAACUUGCCUCAUCCUCCACCAAUGUUUAUCUCCCUCCUGGGAUGAUGAACACCAGCCAUUUGGAACGGAAUAGGAAUUCUUCUGUGGCUAAACUAAUUGAGUUUCCCUUUGUGGCUCAGGAUCAGAGAUUCAGAGCCUGGGUGGAUUACGGCAAGCCUGCAGAUACUAUCAGACACUCCAUAACCAAUGUUGCCUAGCCUACCUCUGCUCUGUAUUCUCAACCACAAUGAGAUGUCAGCCAAGGGCAUUUUAGUUUCCAACCCAGUGUCAUCUGUAUCUCACUAUGACCUCUUUCGUUCUGACACGUUCUGCUGUGGAUAUCUCAGGCUGUAAGGCCUUGGUCUGGGCCAACAGAAUGAACGGUAUAGAUGGUAUGUAGAUAUUCCUGUAUGUACUCCGUUUCCCUACCUUGAACAGAGGUAUGGAGUUGUGUGGCAGAAAGCUACCUUGGAGAUGGAUGGGAAUUGUAUUGAGCCAACUGGCUUCAUGCUGCACCUUUAUGGAGGAGGGGCUUAGGUCGUUGAUCCCAUGAUCAAUGGGCUCCUUCUGAUCUUUUAUUGACUUCUAUGUCAUGUGGCAGCUCUCUUCUCCUACCUUAAUUGUAGAGGCUAGUUUAGGCUCUGGUUGGAGUCCGGUGCACUGUAACUCUGUUCAUGGUUAGAAAUGGAUGGAAGAAUGAACAAAGGACUGAGAUAUUGGAGAGUGUGUUGUUGGGAUAAUUGUUUGGGUUAAGAGGGGUAUCCAUUUCACUGGAGUGGAGCACCUGCAAGCAAUAUAUGUGUGACAUGACAUGAAAUCAAGAUAAAAUCAGGAAUUCUUCAGCUUUGUAAUACGUUGUUUUUUUCUACUCUGCUGUUUCUAUUUGGGGUCUUAGUUUGCCAGGUUCUCAAGAGUUAUUGUACUGCUGGUCUUGAUAUGAAUCAAAUACACUGAACAAAAAUAUAAACGCAACAUGCAACAAUUUCAAAGAUUUGACUGAGUUAGAGUAUAUAUAAGGAAAUCAGUCAAUUUGAAUUAAUUUGCCCCUAAUCUAUGGAUUUCACAUGACUGAGAAUACAGAUAUGCAUCGGUUGGUCACAGAUACUUUUUUUUUAAAAUAGGGGUGUGGAUCAGAAAACCAGUCAGUUUCUGGUGUGAACACUAUUUGCCUCAUCUCAACAUCUCCUUCGCAUAUAAUUUAUCAGGCUGUUGAUUGUGGCCCGUGGAAUGUUGUCCCACUCCUCUUCAAUGGCUGUGUGAAGUUCCUGGAUGUUGUUGGGAACCUGAACACGCUGUCGUACACUUCAGAGCAUCCCAAACAUGCUCAACGGCUGACAUGUCUGGUGCGUAAGCAGGCCAUGAAAGAACUGACAUUUUCAGCUUCCAGGAAUUCUGUGCAGAUCCUUGCAACAUGGGGCCGUGCAUUAUCAUACUGAAACAUUAGGUGAUGGCGGCAGCUGAAUGGCACGGCAAUGGACAGCAGGAUCUCGGCACGGUAUCUCUGCAUUUUUAAAUUGCCAUCGAUAAAAUGCAAUUGUGUUCGUUGUCCUAGCUUAUGCCUGCCCAUACCAUAACCCCACCGCCACUCUGUUCACAACGUUGAAAUCAGCAAACCGCUCACCCACACAACGCCAUACACACUGUCUGCCAUCUGCCCGGUACAGUUGAAACCGGGAUUCAUCCGUGAAGAGUACACUUCUCUGGCAUGCCAGUGGCCAUGGAAGAUUAUCAUUUGCCCACUGGUCGGUUACGACGCUGAACUGCAGUCAGGUCAAGACCAUGGUGUGCAUGCAGAUGAGCUUCCCUGAGACGGUUUCUGACAGUUUGUGCAGAAAUUCUUUGGUUGUGCAAACCCACAGUUUCAUCUACUUUCCUAUAGUCAACAUGCCAAUUGCAUGCUGCCUCAACGUGAGACAUCUGUAGCUUUGUGUUGUGACAAAACGGCACAUUUUAGUGGCCUUUUAUUGUCCCGAGCACAAGGUUCACCUGUGUAAUGAUCAUGCUGUUUAAUCAGCUUAUUGAUAUGCCACCUGUCAGGUGAAUGGAUUAUCUUGGCAAAGGAGAAAUGCUCACUAACAGGGAUGUAAACCAAUUUGAGAGAAAUAUGCUUUUGUGUGUAUGGAACAGUUCUGGGAUCUUAUUUCCGCUCAUGAAACAUGGGACCAACAUGUUGCGUUCAUAUUUUUGUUCAGUGUACAAAAUUCAUUUACGUGAACUGUAAAGUUGGAAUAAUCUAAUGACGAUGAAUGUCUUACUUUUUAAGGUCAGGUAUGGCCUUUCCAUUGGCCUGUCAUGAUCUCUUCUGUAUUGUAAAAGCACCUGUCAUCAAUGUAAUUGUCAUAUGGGGUUUGCCUGACAAUGAUUAAAAAACAAGAAAAUACUUA